CAGGUCUGGUACGAUUGUCGGAGAAUAAAGCCUGACUAGCAAAGGGCUGGGAGAACCUGUCAACAUGUUUCACAGAGUUGUUGCCCUAAGUGUGUGCGCACUUUUUGUCGUUUUCGAUUUCUCCGAAGGUCAAUCAGCCGAGUAUGAGGGCCUGGUGGAUGCCGAGUCUGCCCCGGUACAGGCCCGGAAGGUUUACACAGGGGAGACAAUUGACCACGAACGAUAUCACUCUUACGAGUCGUUGCUAAGGAGAUAUGACGCAGGCGACGAGAAAGCAACUAUGAUGUUGAAUAAAUUUGACUGGAUUAUGGUUCCUUGUGUGAACCCAGACGGCUACGAACAUACAAGGAACGCUUACCAGGGCCGGUUCUGGAGAAAAAACAGGCGAUAUGUCAGGUCGCAUUGCAAGGGCAUUGACCUCAAUAGGAACUUUGACUUCGAAUUUGGAAGUGAGAUCGAGUUGGUUUGUUGA